AAUUACCGGAGCAGCAGUCUCAAAAGAAAGUUGUAUCAAGCCAAUUGAUUUGGUUGUUGUUGGUGUCUAGCUUGGCACUUCUGGAAGUGUUGAAAGAAGCAGCUAGACUACUAGCUCUAGACCAUGUCCUCUGGCCACUAUCCGUUCCACCAUCAUCCUCUUGGAGGAGGAGGAGGCGGAGAGGAUCCUCAUCAUGCCCCACCGCAUCCUCGAGACUCUCGCCAUCCGUAUGCGUUGUAUCCUCCACCACAGCAACAGCCUCAGCAGAGAUUGGAGAAUAUCUUUCAGCAUCCAACGCGAGCUCAUCAUAUUCAGCAGCAACAGCCAGUGGCACAGCUUCACAAUGAGCACCCUAGAGGAAAGCGGCUACAACCCCGACCGCUGUAUCCUACUGGUUUGGAAGCCGAGCCAGCGGCCGUCCAGGCUCUUCAAGGAUUACAUCAGCAACAACCACCACAUCACGACAGCAUUGCCGUGGCGGCGGUGGAUCCACCAGGCGCCAAUGACGACGACCAUAAUGAUGAUGAUGACCACGAAGCAGAAGAAGACGACACCAAACAAGCUGCGGCUGCUCCGAAGAAAAAACGCAAAAAGGAUUGGCGUGAUUAUCCGCGGUACGAUUUCAACAAGUCCCAAGGGCGAAAACGAUUAAAGGCGAGUGAGGAAGCACUGCAGGAAUCCAAGGACGCCUUGGCCGCGGCCAAACAGACGUACGACCAAGCCCUGGCGGCUCAGAAAGAACGACAAGAAAACUAUCAAAAAGUCAGUCAAGAAGUCAUUGAUGAGUUGCUGGUGACAGAGGCUCCCAGACCCUGGACAAAAAUGUACUUGAGAAUCAGGGCAUUCUAUGAAAAACAUGGACAUGUCAACAUGUCCACAAGAGCAUCCACCGCCAAACGCAAAAAGGCCAAGGCCAAAAAGAAGCAGCUGCUGCAGCAACAACAAGACCAGCCGAUUUUAGUCACUGUCCCUAACAAAAAUAAAGGAGACACUCAAGAGCCACCAGGGACGGAGGAUACACCGCAAGAGUCACCAGAAGGGCAAAAUCAGGAGGAAUCAGUAGAAGACACCAGCGACAAGGAUAAAGACAAAACCAAUGAGGAGACAAACAAAGGCAGCACUGAUGCCAACAGUGACGACAACAAUCACAAGGACAAGGGUAGUCAUGACCAAACAGCUACCAAUGAAAAUGCGGUGGCGGGGGACGAAGACGAUGCUGAUGCCGAAGAAAUUGGUGCCCUCGGUCGAUGGUCGGCCUUGCAACGAACCCAUAGAAACAAGGGAAACCUGGAGGACUGGAAAAUCAAAGCUCUGGAUCGAUUGGGGUUUGCGUGGGAUGCCCGCGCCGUCACUUGGAACCAAAACUACCAGGAGCUCAAGGAAUUUCACAAGCGUCACGGACACGUUCGUGUCUUGCCCAACCUGAACUCCUCUCUCAAUCGAUGGCUACGGUUCCAACGAGACAAUUACCGGGAUUUCAAAGCCAAUGGCUUUGUUGAACGGGAUGAUGACAUGGGCAUGAACAAAAAGAGAUGUGAACUGUUGGAGGCUCUGGGGAUGGAUUGGAAGAGCCACGACGAACGUUGGAUUGUACUGUUUCACAAGUUGCAACAAUUGGCAGCUUCACAGGGACAUUUGCGGACCAUUCCGGCUGCCAAGUGGCAGCUCGUGCGCUUUGCGGAACGACAGAGACAAGCCUACAAGGCAUUCACCGAAGGUGAAGGGAGUAAUGCUAAGAGUGCUGCCGGUGAGGGAGAACUGACACCGGAACGAGUCUUACUGCUCGAAUCGAUCCAGUUUCCAUGGACGACCGAAGAGGAUGACGGCGAUGAAAAGAAGGGCAACACUGCCAAUCGCCUUUUGUUGGCAGGAACGCCAAUUACCACCACCGCCAUUGAAGCAGCCAAACUGAAGCAGCAACAGCGGCAGUUCAAGCAGCACCCGCAUCAGAAGCAACCUAUCGAUGACGGCUGGAUGUUGAAUUAUCACAAAGUGAAGGCUUUCUUCUGCAAGCACCAUCACUUCAACUAUGCCGACGAAGCGGCGUCCAAGACCUUUUUAGACCACGAAAUCAAAAAGAUGCAACAAUGGGACAAACAACAACGUCGUAAAUACAAGCAAUACAUGAAAGAAACAAAGGCUCCCAAAAAUGACGAUGCGCCCUUGACGAAGGAACGAGUCGAACUGUUGGGUGUCUUGGGGUUCUUCCAACCCAACGAAGAACGGGAAGCUGCCUAUCAAGUGGCAAUCUUGCGUCGCUUUCACGCCAUGCAUGGACAUGCCAACGUCAUGAACGACUAUCCCGACAAUACGCUUUGGCAAAAGCUGGCCGACUGGGCCCAAAAGCAACGCGUUGAAUACCGCAAGUACAUGGGCAAACCAACCCAAAGUGAAAGUGAUGGUGAUACUGGGAGUGAUGCUCCCGCUACAGCCGCCAAAUGUAAUCACCUGAAAGAGGCCGCCGUCACAACCGCGAACGGCGGCUCGGCGUCCUCUCGGAAUAUCCCUCAUGAGUCAGUGGAACCGUGCAGUCUGACAUGGGACCGUGUCUAUGAAAUGACGCAAUUGGGCUUCAACUGGGACUUGCCACCGCCGCCCAAGAAGAGUGCAAGCAAAGAGCACGGAGCUGCUGCCACUGCUGUUCCCAAGUCGAAGCGAGGGGCUGACUCUCUUACAGGGGAGCCAACUGAAGAGAAUCCACCUGUCAAGCGGAAGCGGGGUCGGCCCCGAAAGCACCCACUGAAACCAACAACGCAGCGAGAAACACCGCCACAGGCAACAGCGGAAGCAAAAGAAAGUACGUAAGCCGUCGGAUUGAUGGUGCAAGACUGGACGAGUGCAGUAACUGAAGGACGGAGAACAAGCGGUAGGAUGUGUGAGUUGGAUCUUGCUUACUGGUAGGCGACGGGAUUAGCUAGAUGAACGCAACAGACGCAACAUACUAAGUCUUGUAGUUGAAAAAAUCGUACAUAAAGUUAGCCAUGCUACCAAUGAAAUCAGGAGCAACGACUGUCUUGAGCCUGCUACCGUACGACACAACUGCUUCUCCGUAGGCCUAGU